AUGGAAGACAUGCAAAUACAACAUCAAGAAGACCCAACCCAACAACAACAACAACAACAACAUCACCAAUUCCGUGGCAAAGUGCCCCAACAGCUGGUGCACAACAUGGACAAAGGUAUACCUCGUUUCAAACCCAAUGCUCCAAAACGUGAACACUGCAUAUGCAUCACCGUUUUCCUCCUCUUACUUGGUAUCAUAAUCCUCAUCCUCUGGCUCGCCUACCACCCCUCUAAGCCAAGCUUCACGGUGGCCAGCGCCGCCAUCUACGGCCUCAACACAACCUCACCGCCACUCAUGUCCAUCACCAUGCAAUUCAACAUCCUCAUACGGAACCCAAACAAGCGUGUCUCAAUUAACUUUGAUAGGCUUUCUGCAUAUGUGUCCUAUAGAAACCAACCCAUCACACCACAUGUCAUGUUGCCACCACUCUUCUUAGAGAAACACAGCACCGUGUCCUUGUCGCCGGAGAUCGGAGGCAUGCCGGUGCCGGUGUCGGAGGAGGUCUCCAAUGGGUUGGCAAUGGAUGAGACAUAUGGGGUAGUGGGUGUGAAACUUGUCUUUCUUGGAAGGUUGAGGUGGAAAGCUGGUGACAUAAACUCUGCACAUUAUGGUUUGUAUGUGAAGUGUGACAUUUUGAUGGGUUUGAGGAAAGGUUUUGUGGGUCAGGUUCCUCUUCUCGGAGCUCCAGUUUGUGAUGUGGAUACUUGA